AAUGCCCCCUCUUAAACAAAUCAACCUCCACAUCCAUGCACAUGCGUAUGGGCCCCACAUAUGCAUAUACAUACAUCCCAUCCCCACACUCCCACUCCCCCUAUAAAUGCCCAAAUCCCCUUUGGAGCCUUCACUCACAAUUUUCAUCCGCAUUACCGAAAAAAAUAAAAUAAAAAAUAAAACUAGAGAAUGGAGAAAAUAAUCAAUAUGACUGAACAAGAGCAAGCUCUGAUCCCAGGCUUACCAGAUGAUGUUGCUUUCGAUUGCAUCUCUCGGGUCCCAUACGGAUCCCACUCCCAAAUCCGACCCGUUUGCAAGAAAUGGCGCGAUCUCUGUCUCGUCACCUCCCCUUCAUUUUCCCGCACCGGGAGCGGAUCGGCGCCGCAGAGGACCUCGUCUUCCUCGUCCAAAGUCGGUCACGCCGGCGAAACCAAGGCGAGGUCGCCGCCGCCGCCGCCGGUUUACUCCCUCAACCUCUACAACGCUACGAUUGCCACGUGGCAGAGGAUCGAGACGCCGGAGGCGAUCCCGAUGUUCUCGCAGUGCGCGAUCGCGGGCCGCCAGCUGGUUCUGGUCGGCGGCUGGGAUCCGAAGACCCUGGAUCCGGUGGCGGAGACUCGGAUCCUCGAUCUGGCGACGAUGGCGUGGCGAGAAGGGAGGGCCGAUGGACGGCGGCGAGGUCGUUCUUCGCCUGCGCCGCUUUUUGGCGCGGAAAGUCUACGUGGCGGGGGCACACGGAGCAAGAACGCGCUGCGGUCGGCGGAGGCUUACGACGUGGCGGCGGACGAGUGGUGCCGAGCUUACCGCCGAAUGAGCGAGGAGAGGGACAAGGCGCAGGUGGUGAUCCCAUGGGGGCUCGAAGUUCACGGCGGUGAAGCGGGUACGGGACCGAGAGCCAGGGAGGUUCAGCCCACGUCAGCGGAGGUCUACCGACGAGGGUGA